ACAGAAGAAAAAGAGGAACAAAAGCACCUUCAAUGGGCCCAUGACAUGUCUCCUCAAUAGACCCCAAGAUCGAUGUGAUUUUCAUCUUUUUUCUCUCUAAUCUCCACUGCACUAUCCCAAUUCUUGCACCUUCCUCCUUCCCCUUUUUCCCUGUCAUUUCUUGCCAAAAAUACACUAGCAAUUCUCCACCAAUAAUCAUGUCCAGUGAGAGACUAAACGAUUCUGCAGAAGGGUCUUCACGAUCUACCCCUCAGAAGCAACAGCAACAGCAACCACCACCAGCACCACCACCUUUGAGCCGCUACGAGUCGCAGAAGCGCCGAGACUGGAACACUUUUGGUCAGUACUUGAGGAAUCAGACACCCCCAGUUUCUCUCUCACAGUGCAACUGUAACCAUGUGCUUGACUUCCUUAGGUACCUUGACCAGUUCGGAAAGACCAAGGUUCAUUUACAUGGCUGUGUCUUCUUUGGUCAGCCUGACCCUCCUGCUCCUUGCACUUGUCCUCUCAGGCAAGCUUGGGGGAGCCUCGAUGCGCUAAUCGGACGCCUCAGAGCUGCCUAUGAGGAACAUGGUGGUUCACCGGAGACAAACCCGUUUGGAAAUGGAGCUAUUAGGGUGUAUUUGCGUGAAGUUAAGGAGUGUCAAUCUAAAGCAAGAGGAAUUCCGUAUAAGAAGAAGAAGAAGAAAAGGAAUCAAAUUAAAGCCGAAGACCCAGCAAAGUCUUCCAAGCAAGCAGCUUAAUCGCCUUGCCUUCUUGGGAUUAAUGGAUCAAACUACAGGUGAACCGGAUGGGAACGUUACAGGAAAUCAAAUAUUCAAAAGUCUCAAGAUCCCCUCUUUAAAAGUAGUUAUAUAUAUGUUAGAGUCUAGUUCUGAAUAAUCUUGUUCCAGCAAGGUAGUCUCAGUGGCCCGCAUUUUGCUAGAAAUGUACCACCUUGUAAGUUCUUAAUACGUCCUAGACUUUUUUAGAUUAGCAAUACUAUACAUGUCUAGCUAUAUUAUUUCUUUAGAAGAAACAAUAGUGUAUCUAUUCUCUGGUCUUGAACAUCACCUAAAUUUCUACAAUAAAUUCACCUGAUAUCACCACUUCAUAGAUUAA